AUGUAGCUUAAACCCCGCCUAAACUGUGCGCCGCCUGCUUUGGCAGCGUGGUAAUGGUGCGAACCCAGUCAGGCGCUUCCUCUCGUUUCCAAGGCAAACAUCAGGAAGUGGCGGAGUGACAUCAGCUUCUCUCGACCAAUCAGAUGCUCCACUUCCUGCUGCCACCUAAAUGAGGCAAAGUCGACAACCGAGAUGGACGUGAACCGCUUGGACUUCUACAUCGGUCUCUCUCUGGCUGUGAGCUCCAGUGUUUUUAUCGGCUCGAGCUUCAUCCUGAAAAAGAAAGGCCUGCUGCGAUUGGCCAGCAAGGGCUCAACGCGAGCAGGUCAAGGUGGCUACGCUUAUCUGAAAGAAUGGCUGUGGUGGGCGGGACUCAUUUCAAUGGGAGUGGGAGAGGCUGCCAACUUUGCUGCAUAUGCAUUCGCACCCGCCACACUGGUGACCCCCCUCGGAGCGCUCAGUGUGCUUGUCAGCGCUGUGCUGUCCUCGUACUUUCUAAACGAGCGGCUGAACGUUCACGGGAAGAUCGGUUGCCUGCUUUGCAUCUUGGGCUCCACGGUCAUGGUGAUCCAUGCACCACAGGAAGAGGAAGUGGCCUCGCUCAGCGCCAUGGCUGAGAAACUGAAGGACCCAGGUUUCAUUGUGUUUGCUGUGAGCGUUGUCGGAAGCAGCCUGGUCCUGAUCUUUGCCGUGGCUCCUCGCUUCGGACAAAAGAACGUUCUGGUCUACAUCCUGAUCUGCUCGGUGAUCGGCUCCCUCUCGGUCUCGUGCGUCAAGGGCCUGGGGAUCGGCAUCAAGGAGCUGUUUUCAGGGACGGCGGUGCUGAAGGACCCCCUGUUCUGGGCCUUGCUCGUCUGCCUGGUGAUCUGCGUCAGCAUUCAGAUCAGCUACCUGAACAAAGCUCUCGACAUCUACAACACCUCCAUCGUCACGCCGAUUUACUACGUCUUCUUCACCACGUCCGUCAUGGGCUGCUCAGCCAUCCUGUUCAAGGAGUGGCUGAGAAUGACCGUUGACGGUAUAGUGGGGACAAUCAGCGGCUUCCUCACCAUCAUUUUGGGGAUUUUCCUCCUACAUGCCUUUAAAGACAUUACAUUUAGCCUGGACUCCCUCCCUUUAUACCUGAGAAAAAGCCCUCAUUGGUUCCCGGGGGGCCAACAACCUUACGUGGCUCUUCCUGACGACGAUAUGCAGGCAGAUGGUGAGAGAAAGUCAGCCAGAGGUGGAAACUCAAAGGAAGAGCAUCCUGAAUAAAAAAAAAAAAAAGGACCAUUUGAAUUAUCUAAAACAAAACCCUUUCGUUUGUCAAGCUUUAAUAGACUUGGCCGUGCUCAGAUGGCGCCGGGGUAGUGAGUACGACCCAUACGGAGACCUUAGCCCUCGACGUGCCUGACCCGGGUUUGAACGCCCCCCCCAAAACCUCCUUUCCUGUCAGUCUACUGUAUUAAAAAUGAGCAAUUACUGCCCUAAAACCCCACAAAAUGAGUAAAAAAAAGCUUUAAUAGACUUGACAACUUUUAAUUGAUUACUAAAUCUGAAUUUUAGGUGUUUCAAACAAACCAUAAUGAUUCGAAUGACCAAAGUUGCCUUUAUUUUUGCCUUCGUAAUGCUAUCGCCCUGUCUAGAUUUUAUUUACCGCCUUUGCUCUUAGCUAGACCCGGUGAUACGGAUUUUCUUUUGCUUUGGUUCAAAACGAAACGGUACCAAAUACUAUUUCUAGUAUAAUUUAUUAUAAUUUCAAUGUUUGUUGCAGUUAUUUUAGUAUUUCUGUUUAGUCUGUGUUUUGUUACUAAAACUUACAACUUAUAUUUAGCUUUGCACGUGUUACUUUAAAACAAUAAUGAGCAAUUACUGGCAAAAUGUCAUGGCUCUUAAAGACAUUGGUGAGCUAAAGCGUUACCUCAGUAUUAUACAAAAUCCAAACCAAAGAAUGUAUGUUGUCAGCGUUUGCUAAACUGUGAUGUAUAUUUAUUAAUGCACUAAUUAAAAAAAGCAUAUAUAAGAAGUCUGCACAUCCCCUGUGGAAAUGCCACGUUUUGUGUAAAAAAA